CGGGAGGGAGGGCAGGUGCUGCUUGUUGCAGCGGAUCGGGGCUUCCUUCAAAGCGGCCGGUUGCCGGGGGCUGAAAUCUGGGGCUGCCGUCUCUUUGCCCAUCGCAAGGCAAAGCGGGGUUAUGCGGCGGGACUUGCGCCGCGAGCGAGGAAGCGGCGAGAGGGCGAGUCCCUGCGAGGUGGUUGGGGUGGCCGGGAGGGAAGCGGCGAGACGGAGGAGGGGAUGGUUGAGGACGGGGUUGUUUCUCUGACGAAGGCGGUGUGCGCGCUCGUGUGAUUAGGAGGGAGAGGUAUUAUGGCAAGGUAAAAUAAGGCAGUCUCGAUAUGGGAGAGCUUGCUCUUGGGGGAAGGUUUCCCAGCAGAAGUUUUUAGUGUGCCAGUCUGGAAGGUUACUGCCUUGAGAGGAUGCUCUUGGCAGGCAUCUUUCUGCCACUGGUACAGAAAAAAUGUGGUUCCUCACCCGCUCCUUGUGCAGUCUUUCAAGCCACUGGCCCCUUAGGGGCAGGCUGAUCCUUGCAGGGAGCGAAUCCUGCAGAUCUUACAAGAAAGAGACGCUUCCGUCCCCAGAAGGGCCGAUCCCCCCAGUUUCAGUCACAGAGAUUCGCCAGUAUCUGAGGGCGCAGGGCAUCCCCUUUCAUGAUGGCUAUAGUUGUCUUCACGUGCCCAGUAUUUUUGUGGAGGAGCAGCAGCAGGUCCGCCAUAGCUACAGCCUCUUCAUCGACAAGACCACUGGCCGCUUUUUGUGCACAGCUUCAUUGGCUGAAGGUAACUGGCAAGACUUUCAGGCCAGUGUAGAGUUGCGACAUAAAGGGAUGGCUGUGGGUGGCCUGGAAGAGGCCAGUGGGCAAAGAGACCAAGAUGGGAAAGAUGCCAUGCAUAUAUGGGAACGAGCCCUGCCUCUCUGGGAACUGCUGGAUGAGCAGGAGACGCAGGAGGCCAAGGCUAUGUUCGGCAUUUCCAAUGUCUCAAAUGCCACACUCAAACGGUUUGGAGUACGUUACUUGCGGACAGCGCGGACCUUGGUUUUCCCUUGGUUCAGCCCCCGUGGCACCAGCCUGAAGGGGUUAAAGCUUCUGGGAGUUGAGCACCAAGGGGAAAUGGUGCACUAUGUGGAGAACACCCUACCUCGCCCUGCGGCCUAUCACAACCUCUUUGGAUUGCCUCUGAUCAGCCGACGAGAUACAGAAGUUGUACUGACUGGCCGUGAGCUGGACACAUUGGUGCUGCACCAGGUGACUGGGCUACCCACUUUGGCCCUGCCCCGGGGGAUUUCCUGCCUCCCGCCAGCCCUUCUCCCCUACUUAGAACAGUUCAAGCGGAUCACCCUGUGGUUAGGGGAGGACCUCCGCUCCUGGGAAGCUGCCAAACUCUUUGCCCGCAAGCUGAACCCAAAGCGUUGUUCUUUGGUGCGGCCAAGUGACCAACAACUACAGCCCCUGGAAGCUUUCACCCAGGGCAUGAACCUCACCAAGAUUCUGCGCUCCGCUCUACCAGCUGGCCACAAGUCCAUCAUUUCAUUUCGCCAGCUGCGGGAAGAGGUGCUUGGGGAGCUGGCCAAUGUGGAGCAGGUGGCAGGUGUCAAGUGGGCUCGUUUUCCAGAACUGAACAAACUCCUCAAGGGCCAUCGAAAAGGGGAGCUCACUGUAUUCACAGGCCCAACGGGCAGUGGGAAGACAACCUUCAUCAGUGAAUAUGCCUUGGACCUCUGCACACAGGGAGUGAACACUUUGUGGGGCAGCUUUGAGAUCAACAAUGUGCGCUUGGCCAAGAUCAUGCUUACCCAGUUUGCCAUGGGGAGGCUGGAAGAGCAGCUGGAAAAGUAUGACGAGUGGGCAGACAAGUUUGAGGAUCUUCCGCUCUACUUCAUGACUUUCCACGGGCAUCAGAAUAUCAAGACAGUGAUAGACACCAUGCUGCAUGCUGUGUACAUGUAUGAUAUCAGUCAUGUGAUCAUCGACAAUCUCCAGUUCAUGAUGGGCCAGGAACAGCUCAAUGUGGACAGGCUUGCUGUGCAAGACUACAUAGUGGGUGCCUUCCGGAAGUUUGCCACAGAAAACAGCUGCCACGUCACUGUGGUCAUUCACCCCCGGAAAGAAGAUGAAGAGAGGGAGUUGCAGACGGCCUCGAUUUUUGGGUCUGCAAAGGCCAGCCAGGAAGCCGACAACGUGCUGAUCCUGCAGGACAGGAAGCUGGUGACAGGCCCAGGAAAGCGCUAUCUACAGGUCUCCAAGAAUCGCUUUGAUGGGGAUGUGGGAGUCUUUCCCCUGGAGUUCAGCAAAGCAUCCCUCACCUUUUCUACCCCCGUCAAAGGCAAAGCCAAGCUGAAGAAGGUAAAGGAUGACAAUGGUGUGCCUGCCAAGAAACCAGCAGGUGCCGGUGGAGCUUCGAAGAAGCAGAGGUCUCAGUCCCCCAGCAGCACAGCCCCUGCCCCAGGGACCUCUCCUGAUGAGCCCAUCAAACCAGGAGGAGGAGCGUAGGACUUGGAAAAGGGUUGGAAGCCAGCAAAAUCACUGCCUCACAUCUGAUCAUAGGAAUAAUCAUUGGACUGCAAAGAAAGGCACUGGCGGGAUAUUUCCUGCUUGGUUGCCUGUUUUCCGUUGGGAUAAUGUGCUGGAAAUCUGUAUGACAAAUCUGUGGGGUUGUCACAGGAUUUCCAGUAUCCUUUUACUAAUCAAGCAAUAAUCUGGAGAGGAAACUUAAAUACCUGCCUCAUGCCACCCAAGAGGCAACUACUGGGUGGCUCCAUUAGUGCAACACAGAGGAGAUUGUGCUGUUGGUGCAGGGAAGUAGCUUUGUUUUGCCGUCUUUGGCUUAGCCUUGGCCUGGACUCAGUAGCUGCAAAGAGUGAAGACUAUAUCAAAAGGAACAUUGAAAGUACUUCCAAGUUGUUUUGUGUAUUUCUUGCACUCGUAUGCAUACAGAAAAAUGGUUUGCUGCAGCCUAGUAAAGUGUUAGAUCCCUGGCAUGGGAUCAGAGGGCACUUGCUGUACGCACAUGCAUUGUAAAAAUCACUGGUUAAAAUUGCAAUUGUUGCAACAGGAACUGUGCUUUCUCUCCUAAUCUCAGGGGUGGAAUUAAAGUGAGAAUGAUUAAAUUGAGCCGAGGAGGAGUCAGCAAAUCCUGAGAUUUAAAUGAGCCAUGGUUUCGGCAAAGGGGAUUGACAAAGCACUUAGCUGUGGAGGUUGAGUAAACAGUUGGCACAAAGGUAAA